AUGCCUGUCCUCCCCAUCCUCGUCCUUGGCCUUCCCUUCCAUCUCUUAAUCUUUUCCAUCUUCAAUAAGCUGAUGUCCGAUUGGAUAUGGUGGUGCACUGGCUGCUACACAGUCCUGUUCCUGGCUCCGGUUGGCUCCACAGUUUUGGGACGAAUCAAGCCCGCUGCGUCCUUGCAGCCCAAUACCCGUCGAGAGUUGCUCAUCUGGCACAAAUCCUCCUCAUACCCUACACCUUCCUCACCGGUCUUUGUCGAUUACUCGCCUCUUUACAACGAUCUCAGCAGCAGCACCAGCAAUUUGAUCGCUGGAACUGGCUAUGACCAGCUGUGGAGCAGUGCCAAGGAAGCCCUGAGGGCCGUUGGAAACAGGGUCGAGUAUGGCAUCUAUCUCCUCAGCACCGCAAAUCGCACGUCCAAGCGCUGGCGCAUGCUUCUUGUCCUCAUCCUUUGGCUCAGCUAUGUGAUACCCGUGACGAUCGGGAACGAGUCCCGGACCUUUGACCCAGAACGAUCUGUACCCUCAUUUGAUAUCGAACACCCAGAGCAUCUGUGUUCUGCAAGGGAGAUGGCAGGCUUCCAGGCGCGCCAUGAGUCUUUUGAGGGAUAUUGGCAAGAGUAUCUAGAGUUCCAUCGCCGCAUGGUCACACCGGAGGAGGACGGUGGCAUCCCUCAAGAUCAGAAGCGGUUCCUGAUCUUCCAACCAAGUGACGAUGGACUUGGCAAUCGUCUACAGGCUCUGCUGAGCUCCGUGGUGAUGGCCAUGGUGACCCGACGGGCGAUCGUCUUGGACUGGCUAGCGAUGCCUCAAUGCAACGUAGGUUCUAUUGCCAUCAAAUUGUACUCUUGA